AUGAUCCAGAUCGAGGGGGGAGGACAAAGCUGCUCCCGGGUGCUUCAGAGCCGGAGCGAGCCGGACCGAACCGGACCGAACCGGACCCAGCCGGAGGGAACCGGACCGAGCCAGACCGAGCCGGACCGAACCGGACCCAGCCGGAGGGAACCGGACCGAGCCAGACCGAGCCGGACCGAACCGGACCCAGCCGGAGCGAACCGGACCAAGCCGGAGCGAACCGGACCGAGCCAGACCGAACCGGACCGAGCCGGACCGAACCGGACCGAACCGGAGCGAACCGGACCGAACCGGACAGAGCCGGACAGAGCCGGACAGAGCCCCCGCUGCCCCCAGAACCGGGCUGGGCCGAGAUCCAGCUCUGCUCCGGGCUCUGGGAGAGGAUUCAGCUCUGGGAAGGGAUGGGGAUGGAUCAUCCCCCCUCGGGAAAUCACCGGCAUGGCCCCCGAAAUUCGGGACCUUGGGACCCUUCCCCGAGCCUGCAGAGCCCCGGAGCCGCCGAUGGCUCCCGGGGGAGCGGGGACAGGAACAGGAGCGGGGACGGGGCUGCUGCUGCCGUUCCCUCUGGCUCUGGGAACAGCAGGACCCAUCCACAGAGCGGCUGCCGUGGGAUCCUCGGUGCUGCUCCCCGGCCUGGAUAACAACACCCACAGCAAUUCCACACUCUGGGAAUUCCUGAACGGCACCGGCCCCCGCAGCAUCCUGCAGCACCCCGGAGGAGCCCCCGGCCCCGCCAUCCGCCCUCCCUACGCAGGACGAGCCCUUUUCCACACAUCCAAUGGAUCUCUGCUGCUGGAGAACGUCCAGGAGAGCGACAGUGGCACCUACAGAGUGACCGUCGGUGCGGGAGGAGGGAAGAGCCUGGAAAUCCAGCUGGAAGUGCUCCAGCCCGUGUCCCUCCCGCGGCUCCGGAGCAGCUCUCUCGUGGCCCGGGCCCCUGGGCAGCUCGUCUGUGAGGUGGCAGAGGGCAGAGUGGACAGCAUCACCUGGAAGAAGGAUGGGCAGCCCCUUUCCCCAGGCGGAGCUGCCCGGCUGUCCGGCAGCCGCAGCGUUCUGCACCUGAGCCCUGCCAAGAGAUCGGACUGCGGCUCCUAUUCCUGCAACGCCAGCAACGGGAUCAGCUGGCAAGAAACCUCCCUGAAGGUCACCAUUGAAGGUCUCUCCCGUCGCCUGAAGCUCACCCUGAGGAUUGCCGUGGUCGCCGUGGUCUUCGCUGUCAUCUCGGCCUGGGGAUUAAUUAUCCCCGUCUGCCAGUCCGAAAAGCUCAGGAUAAGGGGGGAGCUCUGGAGGUGGCUCAGCUCCUACACCUGUGGGCUGGUGUGCAUCGCCUGCGUCCUGGAUGGCACCGCCGGCAUCCUCUGGAUGUGGGAGGAAGGCCCUUCUGUGGCUGUCAUACUGCCUGAGAUCACCCUGAGCUACCUCACCGUGGUCACCUUCCUGGUUGCCACCACCGUGAUUUUCCAGCCCACUGAUUUCAGCCAUCUGAAGAGCAAAAAAGCACAGCGCACCAUGGGCUACGCCGCGCCGGGGGCCGUGGUGGCCGUGGUGCUGAGCAGUGCCUUCCUCAUCAGGAGCUCCUACCACCGCCACGAAGAGGGAUGCUCGGAGUUCCUGGAUGUCACUGUCCUGGUGGCCAGCACGGCGGCCGUGUCGGCCCUGCCGCUCCUCGCCAUCGGCCUCUGCUAUUUGUCUUUUGCAGAUCACAAAACCCAGGGCAGGUGCAAGGACAGCGAUGUCUGUUGGAUGGACAAAGCUGGGUCCUUUGAGAUGUGUCAGCCGGGCACCAAGGACACCGCUCCCAGCUGAGCUCCAUCUCGGGGUGUCUCUCACUUCCCCCAGGUUUAGUGCGCUCAGGGCUCUCAGUUUUGGUUCCUCUAUGAUCCUCAUAAUAAAUGUCCAUGAAAUUAA